AUGCCCAAGUGUACAGCCCCAAAGAAAUCGAGGCAACGAAUGAGCUUGGAAGAGUACAAUGAAGUGUGUCUGGAGUCGGACAACUUUAUUAAAAUCGCAGAACGUCAGCUCAUCACCACUAUGGGAAUGACAGGUGAUGAUAGAUUUAUUAGCGCAUUUGAAUGGCAAAACAAGUGUCAGCGUUAUAAAAACAUAAUGAGAUCUUUUUUGAGAAAAUCUGAUUUUCUGCCAUAUCAAAAAUCAAGAUGCUUGAAUUUAAAUCAGAAGCUCGAAUACUUGCGAUGCCAUUUUGAUGUUUUAAUGAAACGUGGUGCGGGUGUGCAAAUGGAGACUGAUAGAAUGAAGUGGGUGGAUUUUGAGGGUGCGUUUGAUGGUCGUUUGCAAACAAGUGCUAUAAUUAACAUCGAUUACGUGGAUAUUAACGAAUUCCUUGAUGAUGCUUUUGCCUUAUUUCAAAGCAACAUUCAAAGGGCUUUAAACAGGUUUGGUCCGCUAAAAGUGUAUACCGUUUUGGGUGCAAAAUUCAAAAAAGAUUCAAUUGGUGGUGGGGAAGAACUUUCUGAUUUAAAGACGUUUAUAGCUAAAACCGAUGAAAUUCUAGUUACAACCCAACUAGAUGAAUGGUACAAUGUUAAUGUCAAACAACCGACUUUGAGAAGAAUUGAAGAAUUCCAAGAGAAAGACUCUAAUUGGAGACUUGAUUCAAUUCAAAGACUGGAAGUUAACAUUAACAAAUUCAAUCCCAUGCAUGCUGGUUCUUAUAUCGAUUUACCACUUUCCAUUAAAAAAAGAAAAGCAUGUAUUAACGUUCAAAAUUCAGAUAACGAAUGUUUUAAGUGGUCAAUUUUGUCAGCCUUGUACCAAGUUGAAAAUCAUUCAGAUCGAGUUGCAAAGUACAGACCUUAUGAGCAUGAACUUGACUUCACUGGUAUUGAGUUCCCUGUUGCACUGAAAGAUGUUUCAAAAUUUGAGGCUCUCAACAACAUUUCUGUAAAUAUCUAUGGACUUGUCAAGAGGGAUGAAAAGUUUACAGUGGCACCUCUGCAUCUUUCCAAACAAAAGAAGGUUACUCACGUAAACCUUCUUCGAAUUGAAGACCACUAUAUUGACGAAAAUCUCGAUGAUGAUGUAGAGGAUAACAAAGAAUCCAUCAUCUCUUUCAACUACCAUUAUGUAUGGAUCAAGGACUUGUCGAAGCUUGUGAGCAGUCAACUGUCAAAACACAAUGGCAAAAAGUACAUUUGUGACCGUUGCCUACAUUAUUUUCGAGAUGAAGUAAAACUAUCCGAGCAUGAAGAAAACUGUCGAAAGAUGAAUGAAACGAGAAUUGUGCUGCCAGAACCAGGGAAAAAUUUUGUUGAGUUUAAAAAUUUCCAAAACAAGGAGCGCGUACCUUUUAUCAUAUACGCAGAUUGUGAGAGCCUCUUGCUUCCUUCUGAUGUGCAACAAGAACCGAGCAAUACUGAGGUCUUUCAAAAUCAUGAAACUCUCAGUAUUGGAUAUUAUGUGAAAUGUGCCUUCGAUGACUCUAUGUCUGUAUACAAAGCAUCUCCUAGAGAUGAGAAAAACCCGGCUAAAUGGUUUUCAACAGAGUUAAAAAACUUGGCUGACAAUCUUGACACUUUAUUUAAGAAUCCGGUACCAAUGGAAGUGUUAAGUCGACAAGAGCUAACUGAUUUUCGAUUUGCAAGUAUAUGUCAUAUUUGUAAAAAGAAAUUCAAGCCUGGGGAUGUAAAAGUAAGAGACCAUUGCCAUCUAACAGGGAAGUACCGUGGGCCCGCACAUCAAGAUUGUAACAUUAAUUAUCAUGAAUCGCAAGUAAUACCUGUUGUCUUUCACAACCUAAGUGGUUAUGACGCGCAUUUCAUUAUUGAAUCUAUUGCUACAGAAUUUGAUGGUAAAGUUGAACUGCUUCCUAUAAACAAAGAGAAGUACAUUGGCUUUACGAAAAACAUUAAAGGUAGUUUUAUCAAGUUUCGUUUUAUUGACUCUUUUAAAUUCAUGGCAUCAUCAUUGGACAAGUUAGCAUCCUAUCUCGACGAGUAUAAAAUUGUUCAUUCAGUUUUUUCGAAUUACAGUGCUGACAAAAUUCAGUUGUUAACGCGAAAAGGAGUUUUUCCCUAUGAGUAUAUUGACUCGAGGGAAAAACUCGACGAAACUGAACUGCCAUCAAAAGAAAAAUUUUAUAGCACUUUGAAUGAUUCGAAUGUCUCCGAUGAGGAUUAUGCUCAUGCGCAAAAAGUGUGGAGUGAAUUUAAUUGUCAAAAUCUCGGCGACUACGUGUAUUUGUAUAUGCAAACCGAUGUAUUGUUACUCGCGGAUAUUUUCGAAAAUUUUAGGAGUCAAUGUUUAAUCGCAUAUGGACUUGAUGCAGCGCAUUAUUACACGACACCUGGGCUGACAUGGGAUGCCAUGUUAAAGUAUACGAAUAUAAGAUUGGAGCUCCUCACUAACAUUGACAUGGUAAUGUUUAUUGAACGCGGAAUUAGAGGUGGGAUUAGUCAGUGCACUAAUCGUUAUGCGAAGGCUAACAAUCCUUACAUGGAAGAAUUUAAUGAAAGUGAGGAAACAUCUUAUAUUGUAUACUUUGACGCAAAUAAUUUGUAUGGUUGGGCCAUGAUUCAGUCUCUUCCCUAUGGUGGCUUCAAGUGGGAAGAAAAUGUUGAUAUUAAUUUUGAUUUUAACGUUGCAGAUGAUGCGCCAAUUGGCUACAUUUUGGAAGUUGAUUUGGAUUAUCCAAAUGAACUUCAUGAAAAACAUAGUGAUUUUCCGUUUUGCCCAGAACGCUCGAAGCCACCAGGAUCAAAAGAGCAAAAGCUCCUAACUACCCUCCUGCCGAAACGAAAGCACGUUCUCCAUUACCGUGCUUUGAAACAAGCUUUAGAACAUGGUCUUGUGUUAGUUCAAAUUCAUCGAGUUUUAAGAUUCAAGCAAUCAACAUGGCUAAAAACGUACAUUGAUUUUAAUACAACAAAAAGAACUAAUGCAAACAAUGAGUUUGAAAAAAAUCUAUUCAAGUUGAUGAACAACGCGGUAUUUGGCAAAACAAUGGAGAACGUGCGAAAACACGUUGACAUUAAACUCGUUACAAAGUGGGAGGGUAGGUAUGGAGCUGAAGCUUUGAUCGCGAAACCGAAUUUCCACAGCAGGGCCAUUUUUAAUGAAAACUUGGUUGCCGUGGAACUUCGGAAAAUGGAAGUCUUGAUGAACAAGCCACUGUAUGUUGGACUGACAGUCUUAGAUGUUUCAAAAACUUUAAUCUACGAUUUCCAUUAUGAUUACAUGUUAAAAAAAUAUGAUGAAAAGAAAUUGAAAUUAUUGUACACCGACACUGAUAGCCUGAUUUAUGAAAUCAAAUGCUCUGACAUUUAUGCUGAUAUGAAAGACGAUAUCCACAAAUUUGAUACUUCCGAUUACCCGGUGAAUAACGUGUACAAUAUUCCGCAAGCCAACAAAAAAAUUUUAGGAAUGAUGAAAGAUGAAUGCUGCGGAAAAAUUGUAACAGAAUUUGUUGGCUUGCGGAGCAAGAUGUACAGCGUUCGUGUUGAAAAUCAAGAUUUCAUAAAAAAGGCUAAAGGUGUAAAAGCUGGCGUUGUAAAAAAAUCUAUUAGUUUUGAUGAUUACGUGUAUUGUCUCCGAAAUGUAAAUAUGCAAUCUAGAACUCAGUAUACAAUCAGAUCAAAACUGCACAAAGUGCAAACAGUAAAGCAAACCAAAAUUGCAUUGAGUCCUUUUGACGAUAAAAGAUAUUUGUUAUCAAACAGUACCGACACCCUUGCAUGGGGACAUUGUAAAAUUGUUGAAAUUAUGGAUGAAGAAAAUUAA